UUUUAACCACAGUAUUCAACGUGACGCCAUUUGAUCUGCUACUUAAGCAAUUAAAAAAUAAAUAAAUUUUUCAUAACAUAAUAUUUUUUCUAACACAAUAUGUAUCUCAUACCACCAAACGAAACUCAAAUCGAAUUCAUAAAGAAUGAAGAUUUCUAUCAACCAUUAUACAAACUUGAAGAAGAUGUCACUCAACUCAUGGAAUGGUUGACCAAACAACCACAUUUACCUAAUAUUACUGAUAGAAAAUGGUUAGCACAUUUUAUAACGGGAUGCAAGUAUAAUUUGCAAAGAUCAAAGCAAGUUAUUGAAUCAUAUUUCUUAGCACGAGCAGAAUUUCCAGAAUUUUUUGGCUCUUUUACUAGAGAACAGCUAAAAGAAGCUACUAAACAAGGAUCCGUAUGUCUGUUCCCAAAACUAACACCGGAGGGUAACCGAAUUUUCUGUACUACGACCCGACCAUCGUCGGACGAUGACAAAUAUGACGUUAUGCUGUUUUGUCAAGUAUCCAUCGCUAUUCUUGAUUUGCAACUGAAAUUGGAGCCCAUGUACGGCAACAUCAUCCUGUACGACUUGAAGCAUAUCCGACUAGCUCAAUUCAUGGCCUUUACGCCGACCUUAACAAAAAAUCUAUUGAGAUGUUGCAUCGAUUCGUUUCCGCUGCGAGUGAAAACUGUUCACUACAUAAACCCGCCUAAGUUCAUGAGCCGCCUCAUCACGUUCUUCAAGCUAUUUGUGUCGAACAAAAUCAGAGACAGAAUUUUUGUACAUGAUUCACUGGAAGAUUUGUACCAGUAUAUCCCAAAAGACGUAUUGCCAGACAUAUAUGGCGGUACAGGUGGAAAUCUCGAAAAAUAUGAAGAGGAUAUGUUGGACCUUUUGAUGGCUAACAAAGAAUGGCUGGAAGCACGACCAAAGGCCGACUUGUCAAGACGACCAGAACAUACAAAAACAGAUGAGUUAGAUAUGAAUGGCACAUUUAAGCAAUUACAGAUUGAUUAAAUUUCCAUUCUAAAAUAUAUUGGUUUGGAAAAGAAUCUAUAGUGAUUAUUAAUAUUAUUCGUAAUUUAUUAUAAAUAUACAAUAUUAUCUUUAUUUUUAAUGUUACAUGAAAAUCAAAUAAAAUAUAUUGAAACAUGUGAAGUAUAAAACUGUCGCAUAGUAAUGUAUUAAA